UAUAAUGCAACUCCUCACCAUCCAUAUUUCUCUCAUUGCAUUAAACCCACCAAGUUAGUGGAAAAAAUGAGGUCAGGAACAUACAUUACCAUAUGUGCAGCAGCAAUUCUGGUGAUGGUGUUUGCCGGAUCGCAGGUGGCUACGGCGGUGACAUGCAUGGUGACUGAGUUGGCGCCGUGUGCCGCUGCCUUCUCCUCACCCUCGCCACCAUCUCAGCAGUGCUGCACAAAGCUGAAAGAGCAGAGGCCAUGCUUAUGUCAGUACAUGAAGAACCCUAGUCUCAAGAGUUACGUUGUUUCUCCUAACGCCCAGAAGGUUGCCACCUCUUGUGGGCUUCCCACUCCCAAGUGUUAAAACUCCUACAAAUGUACUACUCCCGAUGCACUACGUCUACAAAUAUAUCUAUCUCUAUGCCAGAGUACUACUACUAAUGCAGAAUGAACCAUCUUCGUGUUCUAUAUCUCAAUGAAUACUAAUGUUUAAAAUUACGAGCUUUUAAAUGUAGUUUUCUGUCCUUUGAACAUCCCUUUGGUUUGCUUGUAUGUCUCGAGCUUUAGCAGAUUUACUGGUUUAGAUAUGAAUAAUAAUGGACCCGAAUAUUAAUCAA